ACAUCAUGGCUCCUUCUACACCAACAGCAAAAGUGAGUCCUCACCCAGAGGACCCUGCACCCUCUUUGCCCGGGGAGCAUUCGGAUGCGGAGUGCCCCAUCUGCUACCAGGAGUACAACCUGUACCACAAAUGCCCUCGUAUGCUGGAAUGUCUGCACAUCUUUUGCACUGAGUGUCUGCACAGAAUCCAGCUGUGCUCCCUUGUGCCCGGGGACCCUCACUGCCCACCCGCCAUCCCCUGUCCGCUCUGUCGUCACCUCACCCCCCUCGAGAGCGGAGAUGCCCACUCUCUCCCCUGUAACUCCCGCAUACUUGCCCGCCUGCCCCAUAUACCCUUUAGACUGCCUGGUACCAUAGCCACACGUUUAGCCACAGUGACCCAGAGAGUGGUGUUGUCUCUAGAAGGGGAGGACUGUGAUGCCCGCUACAUCAUCCUACCCACUGUGAGCCUCAGGGUGCAGCAGAUGCACCCAGACAGGCCAUAUGGGAGAGCCCCUGGUCUGAUGGGGGAGGAGGAGGCCAUGCAGCAGAGCAGGAGGACUCUGCUCUGGGUGCAGGUGCUGGCUGUGCUCUUUUGGGUCCUGUUUGUGAUCAUCUGUGUGAUUGGAGUGGUGUUUGGCCCACAUUUCUUCAACAGAAAACUUUAGCAUUGUCACAGCUGGGAGCUUGUAUAUUGGCAAUCAUAAAAAGAGAUAGCAGCUCCCUCUAGCGGAUAAAUUUGUAAUAAAAGUUUUUUCUCAUAAA